UUGAAAUGAGACUUGGGAAGUAGGAAGUGUUGUGGCUCAAGCUUCCUGUAUAAAUAAGUGCAGCUUUCCCACAGCUACUGCAUAUGUGUGGUGACGUGCUUUUUAAGAGAUAAUGGCAACAUACUCUUAAUAGCAGGGAGGAGAUUAUUUCUCAGAGUGACGAGAGGAUUGGGAGACGAGUCCUGUUGCAGUCCUAUAACAUGCAAAGCUUUCAGGCACAGUGAGAAGGAAAGAGGGAAAGAAAGCAAUGAAAGCUCUUUCUACAGACUCUGCGCUCUUGCUGGCUGUGAAUAUGAGCCUCGGAAGCACUGAAGCGACUGAAAAGUCAAACAUCUGGGAGUGAAUCCUUCUCUCCUUUGGCUAGCCCCCAUUUCUCCAACCCUCAGAGAACUGGGUAUGACUUCUCUGACAAAUUAGAACUCUGGAGUGAAGACCCCAGCUCUCCAAGCUGCUUUACCUUUCAUAGUGCUGUUUGGGCUAGCCAGCCCUGGAUCAGAGACUAUUGAAGAAUGUGCUUGGAGGGAGAAUGAGAUACACAUGUGAUAAAGAAUUACAAUGUGGAAACCUAGUCUAAUACCUUUCUACAAGUGAGGAUUGGCUGUUGUGUUGACUGCUAAAGUCCUCAAAAGUGUGCGCCUGGACUUCCUAAAGGAUUGGUGGGUUUUGUUGAGUUUAUUGCAUCGUUUUGCUGGAAAGAUCUGCUAUUACACUAUGACAACUGGAAUAUCAGAAGCUGGAGAAUUAUCCUUGGAGCCUUUGGUGACUUGCAAACUGUGCCUAUGUGACUACUCAUUGGAUAAGAUGACCACUCUCCAAGAUUGCAGCUGCAUGUUUUGUACAUCGUGCCUAAUACAGUACAUGCAACUGGCAAUCCGCGAGGGAUGUGGUUCUCCCAUCACAUGUCCAGCCAAGGUGUGCUUAAACCAUGGCACUCUGCAGGAAAUGGAGAUUUCCAGUUUGGUGCCUGUUGAUCAAUUUCUGUUGUACCAGCGAUUGAAAUUUGAAAGAGAAGUCCAUCUGGAUCCACUGAGGACCUGGUGCCCCUCCGCUGACUGUCAGACUGUGUGCCAAAUUGAACCAAGUGAAUCUGGACUACCAGUGCCUGUGAAAUGCCAGGCUUGCUUCCUGACAUUCUGUUCAUCAUGCAAGGAAAGUUGGCAUGUGGAGAGAGCAUGCUUGGAAAGCCAUCUUAUUGUGGUACCAAAUGAGCAAGGGACGCUGAUCAGGGCUGACACAGAAGCUCCAAUUAAGCAGUGCCCAGUCUGUCGGAUCUAUAUUGAGCGGAAUGAAGGCUGUGCACAAAUGAUGUGUAAGAACUGCAAGCAUACAUUUUGCUGGUACUGUCUACAGAACUUGGAUAAUGAUAUCUUCCUAAGACAUUAUGACAAAGGCCCCUGCCGUAACAAGCUGGGCCACUCCCGUGCCUCAAUCAUGUGGAACAGAACACAGGUGGUCGGGAUUCUUAUGGGCCUGGGUAUCAUUGCCCUGGUAACAUCUCCACUGUUGCUCCUAGCCUCGCCGUGCAUUAUCUGUUGUGUCUGCAAAUCUUGCCGUAGCAAAAAAAAGAAACAUGACCCACUGACAACCUAAAGGCCCCUGCCUGCUGGGUGUGAAUGUCUGCACUGCAUAUGUGAGAGAGAAGGCAUGAAGGCUGACCUUUGGCACCAAUGCUUUACCAAACAAUUUGCCUUCUCAUUGCCAACUUCUGUAAAAAGUGCCUACCGUUUCACAGGACACCAUAUUCUUUGCAAGUUGCACUUCAGCGAUGGGCUGCAUAGCUAUUGUAUGUGGAGUCCAAUUUUUUUUUAAUUUUUUUUUUAAGGGACAGGACUUGUAAUAUACUUAUAGGAUCUUUCAAAGUGACGCGCCUCCUAAGACUGCUUGAAUCUCAUGGACGGAGCUCCAAGUUUCCCCCUAAUUCUGAAUGUGUAUUGAUUUUUAGCACUUUUAAUUUUGCUUUUCUUGAAGCAGUCAUAAAGUUAAAUGAGGUGAUACAGGUUAAUUAUGCAGCUCUGUUAAAAAUUUUAAAUAUAUAUAUAUAUAUAUAUAUAUAUAUAUAUAUAUAUAUACACGUUUUGGCUUUCCAGGAGCAGAGUGCUACUAAAAAUUAACCAUUUAAAAACAUCUGUACCUGAAAUGGGAAAAAUAAGAGAAAUUAAGUACUGAAUAUGGGCAUGGGUUCUUGGUAAUAUAAGUUUGCUAAAAGCCCGAUUGAGACUCUGUACCAACCCAAGAUGCUAAGAAUGGGUGCACUAGCGCUGCAUCCAACAAUGAUAUUAGGCUGCUGUUGUAAGCAUGCAGCAUAAUAUGUCACGGCAAUACCCGCACCAAAGAUUAGGAGAAUGGGGGUGUGAAGUGCUGACGAGCACUGUGUAGACCAUGGUGGGCUACCUAUAGCAUUGGUGCUAGAAGUUGUAUGUAUAGGGGGGAAUUUGCAGUGUGUAGGAGGACUUGUUGACUUGGCUAUUGAGGCAGGCCUGGAUUCCUGUCUCUCUCUGUUUCCUAGCCCUAGUUCAGCAGAUCAGUCAAAACUAUCAUAAGGCGGAACAUGUGCUACAGUGGCUCUAGAGUGCCAUACAUACUUUAGUCCACUUGCCAAAAGGAUCGAUACUCACUGAUGCAAAUUAUUCCUUUUAGUGAAAAUUAGAUAUUUAUUUACAUGCACACUUUAAAAAAAAAAGCCACACCAAUGGUUUUUUGUUUAGGUUUGUUGAACCUCACUGGUGAAAAAUUGCCACAACAAAUACAGCUAUACUACAUUAUUCCACUAAGUUGAUCAGAAACUGUGAAAAUAACACCAGAUGUUGCUUGGAGCCAGUCUUAUGUAUAAACAUAGAAGAUGACUGCAAACUCUCAGGGGAAUUGAUUCCCUUCCCAUUUACACAGAAGUCCACUUUGUCAGGAGUCAAGUCAGACCCAUAGCUAGGUUGUGAUUGCAGGGAGAGCUGCACAAAAGAGAUUCAGCACAGAAGUGGUAGUGGAAAGGGACCCACUGUCUGUUUUCUCCCUGGCUAAAAGUCUACAUAAUAUUGCUCAUGGUCAGUGUAAACUGCUGUUUUAUAGGGAUGUGCAAAUCAAUCCAGGUACAAACCAAUUUGUACCCAAAUCUAGCUGAUUUGGGAGAUUUGGAGACAGAACAAAUCGCCCCUGUGGUCCGUUGGCUAGACUCAGAUCCAAAUCGAAUCACACUAGAUUCGAUUCAAAUUAUUUGAGAUUCCGAUUCCUCCUAUUAAUUUCCUCAUAUUCCCAGCUUUCAUUUAAAAAGAAAAAGAAAAAGCUUCUCUAGCCCUUGUAGAAGUGGAGUUAUGGAGCAAAAUGUGUGGUUGCUAUUUUCCAAGUAUUUUGAUUCUUUGGUGUAUAAUAACUUCCUCAAUGAAUCCCUAUGAAGAUUCAUUACACAUCUCCAUUUCUUCUAUUCAUUUUGACUCUCUCUGGACAGUGCCAACUCUCAACUGCCAUGUACCAAGUACACCCCCCUCCCACCUGCAAGGCAGUGGGGUACUACUCAGUUUAUGUUCUAGGAAUUUUUAAAAGUCUUUAUAGACUCUUUGGUGUCUAAUAACCUUUCCUCAUAAUGAAUCCCUAUGAGGAUUCAUUACACACCAGAGUCUAAACAACUCAAAAAUUCCUAAAAUAUAAACUGAGUACCAAGUGGCAUGUGGGUUGUGAGGAAGUAGUUGGCACAUGGGAUGCCACUAAUUCCCCAUCCCCAAAGCAGUGGGGUCAAAAUGAACAGAAGAAAUGAAGGUGUGUAAUGAAGACACCAAAGAAUCUAAACACUUCAAAACUUUCUAAAAAAUAAACUGGGUACGUGUGUGUGUGUGUGUGUGUGUGUAGGGGGGUGUUGUUGACACUUGGCGGUUGACAGUUGGCACUGUCCAAUGACAGUCAAAAUGAACAAAAGAAAUGAAGGCGUACAAUGAAACCUCACAGGGAUUCAUUAUGAGGAAAAGUUAUUAGACACCAAAGAAUCCAAACACCUCAAUAUUCCUAAAAAAUAAACUGAGUACCCACUGCCUUGUCAGGGGUGGGGUGUAGUUGGCACCUGGCAGUUGACAGUUGGCACCGUCCAAUGACAGUCAAAAUGAACAGAAGAAAUGAAGGUGUGCAAUGAAUCUUCAAAGGGAUUCAUUAUGAGGAAAUGUUAUUAUGCACCAAAGAAUCCAAACACUUGAAAAAUCGUGACCACACAUUUUGCUCCAUAACUCCAUUUCUACAAGGGCUAGAGCUUAGCUUAAAAAAAAAUAAAAAUCUGGGGAUCCAUGUUCGGGUUAGGAAAGAGCAACUUCAAACCCCUAUUAUUUCCUAUGGUGGAAAGAUACAAAAUAAGAAAAAACUUUUUAAAAACACAUCAAAAAUCAACCAAGUACCCCACCAUCUUGAAAUGUGGAUGGUAGGUGGCACCCAUGGGAACCUAUCCACCACCCAAAUUUGCUGCCCCUAGGACCUUUAUAAAUGGUCCAAAUCAAUCUGAAUCUUAUCAAAUCCAAGAGAUUUGGACACAAAACAAAUCAAGGGUGAUUUGAUUUGGGCACAAAUCAAAUCGGAAAAAAAUCAAUUCAUGCACAUCCCUACUGUUUUCCAAAUUUUGAGGUAAAAGGUGAAAUAGCUGCUAUUUUGUGGACUAUCAGGCUUAUGUAUGCUGUUGCUUGCGGCUUCUGGCAAGCUGUUAUACCUAGCUAUUGCCUCAUUUUGUUCUGUACUGAGUAAUUUAGAACUAAAGUACUAAUGUAAAUAAAUCGAAUACUUCAAGGAAA